GGUGGCAGUAUAACCCCCUAAAGUGGUUUUGCAAUUCUUUCGCCAACAAAGAGAAGAAGAAAAACAAGAUGGCGGAAAGAGGCUACAGUUUCUCCCUCACCACAUUUAGCCCUUCGGGUAAACUGGUCCAGAUUGAAUACGCGCUGGCGGCGGUGGCAGCCGGAGCUCCUUCAGUCGGCAUCAAAGCUUCCAAUGGCGUUGUCCUGGCAACGGAGAAGAAACAGAAGUCCAUUCUGUACGACGAGCAGAGUGUCCACAAAGUGGAGCCCAUCACCAAACACAUAGGCAUGGUCUACAGCGGCAUGGGGCCCGACUACAGGGUUUUAGUGCGACGAGCCCGGAAGUUGGCACAACAGUACUUCCUGGUUUACCAGGAGCCUAUCUCCACCGGUCAGCUCGUCCAGAGGGUGGCGUCCGUAAUGCAGGAGUACACACAGUCUGGUGGUGUGCGUCCGUUUGGUGUUUCAUUGCUGAUCGCUGGAUGGGAUGAGGACCAACCCUACCUGUUCCAGUCAGACCCCUCUGGUGCAUACUUUGCAUGGAAAGCCACGGCCAUGGGAAAGAACUACGUUAAUGGAAAGACAUUCCUUGAAAAAAGGUAUAACAACGACCUGGAGUUGGAAGAUGCCAUCCACACGGCCAUCUUGACAUUGAAGGAGAGUUUUGAGGGUCAGAUGACGGAGGAGAACAUCGAGGUGGGCAUCUGCAACGAGGCCGGCUUCAAGAGACUCACCCCAGCGGAGGUGAAGGAUUACCUGGCAGCCAUUGUGUGAACACGCCCCCCCCCCCCCCCCCCCCGACGACAGGGCUCUCCGGCCACAUCUCGAGACAUAACUGCACAGUAGCCAACCGCGUCACAUGAUUGUAGACCGGUUAUUCUGGGAGUUUGGCCAUGACGUGUUUCUGUCCUGAAAACACAAGAGGCUAUAACCUCACUCUCAUAAAACAUAAUAACGUGAGCUGGUAGAACCAGGCAGGGGCCUGUUUGGGGUUAUGCCCAGACCUAAUUUACUUGAAAUGACAGCAUGUGUGUGUGUGUGUGUGUGCAGAGCUCCACCUCUCACAACUGCACUGACCAAAUUCCAUUAGUUGCGGUGAGAUGGCAAACUCAUUUUUAUCACAUAACUAAUUGGCUUUGUUGUCAAAUGUAUUCCCUGGAACUGUAAACAUGUGGCAGUUGGCUGCUGUGCAUAUGAAAAGGAAUGUGGCCUCUGAUGAGUGAAAUCUCAAGUCCUUCAUUGAAUCCUUCAAUUUCCAUAUUUCUCGUUACUGUUGCAAAGCUAUCGCAUUACAAAAUCUGUACGCAUUUAUUAAAAAUGUGAUUACUAAUAACCAUUGUGACAGACACAAAUCACAUCAUUCAAAUGGUAAUGAGGUGAAAAGUUGUUAACGGCAAAGAUCUGUGGUCUCCGGGAAGGAUUUACUCAUCCUGAAUAUCGACCGUUUUUUUAUUUUCCCGACUGCUUCAUCAGUAAUGAGAGCGACGAGAGGGAGGAUGCAAUGGAACGCUGUGGCUUCACAGUUGAGGAUCUGGUUGCCUCUACAGUUUUACACGAUGUACUUUUUUUCAGGCUAGAAACAAUUCUAGAGUUUGUAUUUUCUCUUCUGGUUUGUCACUUGUUCAAAUAAAAGAUGAUGAGCUGAUA